CGCCCUUAACUUUGGAGACGGUGCAGUAGGUGCGUGUGCCCUCGGCUGCUUGACGGUCUCUGUGGUGGGGAGGAAACCAGAGUGAUUCAGGGUGGGAACUUAUAUCAGUGGGCUCUCUUUUCGCCUCUUCCCUCUUUGGCGCAUUCACCGUCGAGCUCAGCCUGCUGUAGUUACCUCCCUGUGGUCCAGAGACUGGGGAAUCCACCUGCCGGAGAGCAGACACACCUCGGGAUGGAUGCCCUGAAAUCCGCCGGCAGAGCGAUUAUCAAGAGCCCGGGAGUUCCGCGGCACACAUGGGGAACUUCCAAGCACGAGAAGCUGCCAGAGAACUGGACGGACACCAAGGAGACCCUGCAGGAUGGGAUGGUGUUCAACGUGAAGUACCUGGGGAUGACUCUGGUGGGCCAGCCCAAAGGAGAGGACAUGGCCUCAGCUGCCAUUCGCAGAAUCGUUACCACGGCCAGGGCCAGUGCCAAGAAGUUUCAGAAAGUAACUUUGACGAUCUCUCCGAAAGGCAUCAUCAUGACGGACACAGAGACCACUGACCUCAUAGAAAAUGUCUCCAUAUACAGAAUCUCGUACUGCACAGCAGAUAAAACUCAGGAUAAAGUCUUCGCAUAUGUCUCUCAGAGUCAGUUCAACGAGACCCUGGAGUGCCAUGCGUUUCUCUGCCAAAAGAAGAAGAUUGCUCAGGCUGUGACAUUAACUGUAGCGCAGGCUUUUAAAGUAGCGCUUGAUCUUUGGGAGAUUGCUCAGGAAGACAAAAGCAAGAAGGCCAGGACUUGCUGUUCUUGUGCAGCCAGCAAAGGGCAGACGGAGACAGCAGGCCCUCAGUGUAUUCCUUCUGAGCAACACAAGCCACUUGUGAUGGAGGAGAAGCUCCGGAGGCCCUUCUUCUCCGCGUCACUCAGCUCGCCCUCGCCUCGCAGUAACCCGACUCGAAGACGACCAAUCAAACACGACUCUUGGGAUGUUGACGAUGGACUCGAUGAUCCGUUUUCAAGCAACAUGGAAGUAGAGGAGAUGGACACCGACUGGCCGAGUCCUGCUCCCAACUCAUCUCUGACCAUGCAGAUCUGAGUCCCUGGGAAGUCUACAACCACAAUUUGUUAACCAUCUGCCACAAUGAGUUUGAAUAACUGGCAAAAGCUGCCCAAUGUACAGCACCACCGAAAAAUGACAGUGAAUUCAGACCCCCCAGGCCUGGAGACCAACAACAAACCCCAAACAGACAAAACCAUAUCACGCAUUGAUUUCCUCUGGCUGCUGCAGAGAGGGCAGAAUGGAUACCUUGAUAUUAGAAACUGCUCUGAAUGUAUGUGUGCCAGUACACACUCCACUCGGACAUAUUCAGCCAUACUCUAACUGCUAUGACAGGCACAACGUGCAACACAGCACUGCAAGAUGAGUCAUCACACAGACGGAAGAGACCAACAAGUCUCUUUAUAUUCCAAAUAUGUAAAAACCAACAAAAACGAUGUGUACAUACAAUGAGACUGUCACCUCUUUCUGAAAUGUGAAAUGUCAUGUAAAGACAAAGAAGCAUCUACAGUAGGAUCCACCUUGGAAAUUACCAUAUUUGAAAGAAGCAUACAUGUGAUGUUUAGAGAAUGGGGUACAGUGUUUAUUGCCAACAAAUCCCAAUUUAAAUGUUUAUUUUAAGGCCCAAAAGUCCCUAAAUAAGUACUGCCUACUUUCUGUAUCUAAUGACGUUAACCUCAUCUCUUGGCUUUCUUGAUUUAGUUUGUUAUGCAGCAGGUGAUCCGGUGGGGGUUACCUCAAAUAAUAAAAACAAUAUCAAACAAUAGAAAUAUUAAUGAUCUUACGACAGCAUUCCUUUUCAUGUUUUCAUCCACCAGGUGCCCAAAACAGGAAUUGGGUAUUUUGAUAACAAAGCGAACAAUCACCAUGGAAACUGAGUAACUUAAUCUGCUGAAGAAGGCCAUGAGAUGUUGAUAAAAGCUUUGGAAGCUCAGGAGUGAAGCUUCAAACUCAAGCAAACAAAUAAACCAAAUUCAGAUAAAAAUGUGAGCAGCAGAGAUUUUCUCACAUGCACUCUCUUUUAUCGGACAAGCUCCAAUAACAAUGGAUUCUACAUUUCCCAUAAACCCAUUGACAACUUAAAGGAAUAUUUUAUUAGACAUCCACAUAUUCCACUGAUUUGUGAACAUAACAAAGUAGAUAACUGAUUACAUAUUAUGACAUCAGGUUACUUUUGCAGUAUAUUAAACCACACGACACAACAUACAGUAUCCACAGACUCGGCUAUUCAUAACAAGCAAGCUAUACUGCCAUGCCCCUCUUAGAGAACCACAUCUUUGUCUGAUUUAGAAAUAUUAAAUACAUUUAAAAAAUACACAUAGGAUGACCCUCCUUUUGUGAGAAAUGUGUAUGAUUCAGUAAUCAAAUUGAGUAACCCUUGUGCUGCUUUAUGUGAACAAUGUUAAUAGAUAGUGUUUGCAAAUAUCACAAUCGUGUUCCACUCAAAUCAACGGCAGACCUGUCUCACAGAAACCGACUGACAUUCCUCUAACACUCUACUUCAAUGCUGUCUUAUAUGAAUAUGACUUUUAUAAUGUAAUGAAUAGUUUACAAUACAUUACAUCAGUCAUUUGCCACUGUACAUAAAGAUGGUGUUACAGAAUAGCGAUGAUUGGAGGUUCUGAGGACGAGUGUAUGGCGAGGCCAACUAUUUACUAGAGUAAAGAAACAUAUUUCCAUAUGCUGUAUUUUUUCAAUGUCAGAGUAAUUUAUGUAAGCAUAUUGUAUCAUCACAAAGGAAGUAGGAUGAAUAGAUUCAGGGCUUCACACAUGUUGUUUUCAAAAGGUAAUUAUCACUCUUGUUGUUGCUUGUAUGUUUUGCAUUAGAUUAGACAAUUUAUACAAAUGUAAUCACAUGUUUCUUUUUAUCACUGCAGGAAUAUUUUUUAAAUAUAGUCCUUCUCUCAAAGUAAUCACCUGUUGCAUUGAUCGGCACAGUUCACAUCUGCCUCUGUUCGCUGUAAUCUGUGCCACACGACACGUCUUUGUCCCUAACCUCAUCAUAGAACAAUUAUUGCCCUCCUUAGACGCGGCAAAUUAUUUGUAUCCGCUGCUUGGAUGACGUUUUGCUGUCGUGAGGAUAUUAUAUUGUGCCCCAGCCUGGCUGAAGUGGUCCUUCUCUCUGUAUUCAGGGCAUCAUCACUGUUGUCAUGACACCCGCUACAGAAUAAUUGGAUGGCUUAUCAGGUUACGCCAUGAAGCUUAAUUGCAUUGUUUCAUUCCUGACUGGCUGAAAUGCAGCCUCCAAUGUAUCUUUAAAAAAACAAAACUCCAUCCCAUAUGAUAAAUAACCUCAGUAGUGACUAAAAAAUGCAGCAUCGUUAUUUCACCUUACAGUUGAACAUUUUCCUCUGGAGUGGAAGUGAUUUUCCCAACAUUUCCCCACCGUUUCAGCUCCGUCAUUGACUUCACUCAUUGAUUAACUGUUUCAGUUUCUGCUGAUUCAGUGCUUUGGAGUGAUAUUCAGAGAUGGGCUGUUGUCCAGCACCCUUCGGACACGGAAUUGGUUUCCAAUAACGACAUAAAACAGUACAAGUUUUGAGAAAAAAUGCUUAAUUAGCCAAUGCAGAGACCUUUGUUGUAACUAUUGAAUAUACCCAGUCAUUUUGAUUGACUUUAAAACAAAGAAAGAAGUAUAAAAUGAUUUUACUUUGAAGCGAAGUCCCUUUGGGCUUUUUCUUUAAGUAGAUUCAUCUCUAUAAAUUGUAUUUUGGCAAAACUUGAUCUGCCUGAUUUAAGAGCUUUAUUUCCUGUGUCUAGGAUUCUGUAGCUCACGUAUCCCCUGUGAAUCUUGAAUGGAUGCGGUGCUCUGGCACAGCCGAGCACUUUCCAUGCGUGAUGGGAGGAGGGGAGGUAUCACAUGCCAAUUUGAGUCGGGGGUGCUCUGAAUACAGAUCGGUCCGCGAGGGUUUGAGGUCAGAAAACAUUUGAGGCUUUCAGAGUUUUUCAGAUAAGCUAUUGUUGCCCAAAAUAAGCAUGAUGUUUACAAGAUGGGUUUACUUUUCAAAUAUGGUGCUUAUUUUCUAUCUAUGCAAUUAGUGGGUUUCUAACACUGUUGUGAUCAUAAUAGCAAUUUGUGUAUAAACCACAAGCAGUUGAUCUAAACUGUGUAAAAAAGGUGUACAGCAUUUGGAAACUGUUAUGGUUUGUUACAUAUUUAUGCAUAAUAAAAUACUUUGUACAAACA